AAUUGGUCAGGCACGCCAUCAGUCAUCAGGAGGCGGCCGUGUUUGUUUGGUUGUGCGAUGAUGGUAAAAUGGUAAAUGACGUCUCGGUUGGCAACGUGAGUUCGCAGGAUUGCAGAAAGCGAGAAAUACAUAUCUGAUGGUGUGAGGAUGCCUUCAAAUGUAGGCAAAGUUAGGAACGAGGAUAUCAAUCCAUGCAUUGAGGAAAGCGAUGAUUCUAGGAAGUGUUUAGAUGCCAAUAAUUACAACAAGGACAAGUGCACAGCGUAUUUCAUUAAGUACAAAAACUGCAGAAAGUUCUGGCACGGCAUAAUGCUGCAGCGGCGGAAGGAGGGCGUGAGGCCAGACAUACCCACGCUGAAGGAGAGGGAGGAGAUCCUGCGAGCCAGGGGUGGGAAGCCUUACUGACGGGGGAUGGAGGCCGGCGAUUUACAUGCGAGGUCUGCUACACGUACAGGAGACUGUGUGUUUGUCAUUUUAGGGCGGGGGGUAUUUAUCCAUGUUGUGGGAUGAGGGGAAGCCAUCCUAUGACCUUUUUAACAUGCAGUCAAAGUAAUGUGUGACUCCGCGGGAUUGGAUGCUGUGACUAUGAUCAGAUGGUUGUUGGUUCUGAUUCUGUGGUUAGCAGGGUGAUUGCACUGUUGGGUUCUUGAGUAAGGCCCUUAACACCCAUUUGCUCCAGGGACUGGCUGGCCCUGCCUUGUCAGCUGUGUGUUACUUUGGAUAAAAGCGUUUGCUGAAUAAAUGUAAAUGUUAUGUAAUUUGCCUUGUAAAGCCAUGGAUUACUGCAGCAUGUUUGAUAAGUCCUCCCCUGAAGAGCUGGAUCGGUGUCCCUAAAAUCUGAUACUUCACAAAUAAUUCUGUUAUGUAAAUCUUACCGUUUUGGCACCACAAGCGGAAUAUUAUGGAUUGGUAUGUUUUGGUGAUUUUAGAAUAAGAGUGUGUAGGUAGGGGGCGCUGUUGCAUUGUGGGUAGCAUGCUCACUUCACACCUCCCGGGUGUGUUUUUAGAUAAGAUAAAACUUUAUUUGUCCUGGGGGAAAUUGUUGUGCCAAGGCACUGCUCUCACCGUGCUCAAAUAUACCAAGAAUAAAGAAUACAAUGUAAUAUAAGAA